AUGCCGCCAAAUAGGACCUGUCCAACUACUAUCCACAUUCGAGACUUUAUUGAUUGUGUUGAAUCCGACCCGACAUGCCCCAGUAAAAACCUUGCGUUGCAGUUACGCCUUUCCCUGAACAUCCUAGAUAGGGACGAACAAUUUGACGAUGUUACCCAAGCAGAUAUUCCGACUCUAAUUCGAUUCUUCAGCCAAACAACCCGAUCUGAAAUCUACCAGCCCAAUGUGUUCAUCUACGCCUGGGGUUCCUUCCUAACGGCCAUGCACUGCCCAGAGGCCGCGCAACCGACCGUUAUAUUCCUUGGCACCGUCUGUGAGCGUGGAGGUCAGCGCUGGGUCAGCUUUCCAUCGCUGUCCAUUAACGCCCAGGUAUUCAUCACCGGCCGCAUCUUCGGGCUCACAAAAGAAAACCAGCAACUGGCGAGUAUGACAGAAGACGUACACUUUCUACCAGCACCACCUCAGCCUUUGCCCCCCACUCCUUCCUCAACCCUCGGCAAGAGAAAACGAACAGACCAGUGGACACAACGAGCUACCCUAGCACCCCAUCCAAGUCCGCUCACCAACUUGACCAUCAUCCAUCACCUCAUCACAGCCACCCGGACGAAGCGAUCGAAUAGAACGAGAUGA